AUGGUAUGCACCGCCUUGAUUCAGGAGAACUUUGACUAUUCAGCAAUUAAUGCAUCGAUUACUUCAUCUAUUCAAUUAGAAGAAGAUCAAUCCAUUAUUUCCUCACCUUAUCCAGAUCAUCCUCUGAAUCUUGCAACAUUGGAUAAAUCAUCUCAAGAGGUGGCUAUAUUGCUUCAACAAUUACAACCAAAUGAAGGAUAUUUAGAUCUACCAUAUAAUGAAGCAUUCAAUUGGUCAACAAUUCUUUCAAAGAUACCACAUAACUUUCCAGCUACAGAAUUUUAUAUUGUAGCAUUUCGUUCACGCCUUGCUCUUUCAUCUGUUAAUUCAGAAAUUUUUAGUGAACUUCAUGCACAUGAUGAACAAGCUCAUUGCGAAGCAAAUGAAAGCGGUGGACUAUUGAAGUACUGGUUCGGUGUUGCAGCUCCUGAUAGACGUAAUUUAGCUACUUGUGUAUGGGUAAAUAGAGACUGGUCAUUGAAAGCUAGUAGAUUACCACAACAUAAUAGAGCUAUGGAACUUAUUCGACGUGGAGUUUAUGAAGAUUGGGAUUUAGAAAGAUAUAGAUUGAAUGUUGGCGGUGGAAAACAAUGGUCAAUUACAUAA